AUGUCACAGGAGAAGCCUCUUCCCUUCAUCUACCAGUUCGCCGCAGGCGCCAUUGCUGGCGUGUCGGAGAUUCUGGUGAUGUACCCGUUGGAUGUCGUCAAGACUCGAGUUCAAUUGCAAACUGGAACAGGCGCCGGCGCUGAGUCUUACAACGGCAUGUUGGAUUGCUUCCGCAAGAUUAUCAAGAAUGAGGGCUUUUCACGUCUUUACCGAGGAAUUUCUGCUCCCAUCCUCAUGGAAGCACCUAAGCGUGCCACCAAGUUCGCUGCCAACGAUGAAUGGGGCAAGGUUUACCGCAAGAUGUUCGGCAUGAACCAAAUGAACCAGUCUCUCUCUGUUCUGACUGGUGCCACCGCCGGUGCCACUGAAUCCUUCGUCGUCGUUCCCUUCGAGCUUGUCAAAAUUCGUCUCCAAGACAAGGCCUCCGCUGGAAAGUACAACGGCAUGGUGGACUGCGUGGUCAAGACUGUCAAGAACGAGGGUGUUUUGACCAUGUAUCAGGGUCUGGAGAGUACCAUGUGGAGACACAUUCUCUGGAACGCUGGUUAUUUUGGUUGCAUCUUCCAAGUCCGACAGAUGCUGCCCAAGGCAAGCACCAAGCAGGGCCAGAUGACGAACGACUUGAUCUCCGGUUCCAUUGGUGGCACAGUCGGUACCAUCCUUAACACUCCUCUCGACGUUGUCAAGAGCCGAAUUCAGAACACCCCCAAGGUUCCCGGACAAGUUCCCAAGUACAACUGGGCAUUCCCAGCUGUGGCUACAGUCUUCAAGGAGGAGGGUGCAGGUGCAUUGUACAAGGGAUUCCUGCCAAAGGUCCUCCGUCUUGGACCCGGAGGUGGUAUUCUUCUCGUCGUUUUCACCACCGUCAUGGACACUUUCCGCAAGUGGCAAUCAUAA